GACUCUAUACGGUCAAUCUGCUUGUUCAGUGACUGAAGACACUCCAGCUCGAACCCUCCAUCAACCUGGCUGGACCAGUGUAUUGACACCACUACGAUCUUACUACCGUUAAUCCCACCUUUUUUUUUAUCCGCGUAACUUAUUUUAUUUCCUCAAACUCGACGACACGGACGUUUCUCUGCAUAUGUGGUAGAUUAUGGCUACAGAUAUCCCAAACAACACAUAUACAGGACAGGAACGUCCAUUUAACCAAACAGUCACCGAUAACUCUCCAGUGGUAAACAUACAAGAAUUACGCAUGAGCGCUGAAGAAGCAAGGCGAGAAAAGCUAAAGUUGAUCGCUGGUCACCGCGAGGAUCUGCUCAAAGAACUCUUCCUUAUGAUGGGGCAAGCGGAUGACGGAGGAGACCAUUUGAUGGAAUUUCUGGAAGAGGGCGAUCUAUCCAAACUCAACAUGGAAAAAUGGAAUGCAUUUCUGGAAAAACAUAAAUUAAGGAUGGUACCACAGAUCAAGAAGGAAGACGGCACAGAGAUGGAAGAUUUAGCGCCCACCCCUCACGUCGACGAUAUAUCACCAACGACCGAGGAAACAACCCAAUCUGUAUCAACGAGUCAACCGCCUUCCCUCCAUCCACAACAAUCGCAACAAGGUGAUCCUACAAAGAAGAUGGUACGUCGUAUUCCACCUCCCCCCGCCCGAAUGGUGACCCGUGGUGUGAGUGGGGCUAUUCGUCAUAGAAGCGUAGAGGAGAUUUUGGCAGGCAUUGAUAACAAAAAUCUCGUCUCUCCCGUAUCACCCAAAGAAAAAGACACGACGACAUCUCCCAUUCCCAGCGAAACAAUUUCGACGCCCGCGUCCACCCCGCUUCAUCGCGUCAUGCCCAGGCAUCCUCCACAACGAACGACGACCCCUAUCAUGAAGAGAUCGGAUGCCAAACACUACCCGAUGCAGGUUUACAAUGGUCAUAAAUUUACGGACCAUCGAAGCGAUAAACCCGGUGGGAUGGAUUUGUAUGCUUGGCAGUUGAGAGCCAAUGCCCAACCUCUCUUCAAAUCACUGCAAACAGCGCGUAAAGUGCUUACUACCCAUGACUGGAUCUUGGCACGCGAUGAACUGAAAUCCAUCAAAGCUAUUCAAAAUAUUGAAGAACUCAAGAAAAAGAACAUGUGGAGUUUGAAGCAGUUACGGCGACAAAAGUCGGUUCCUCGCACCAAAACGCACUGGGAUUCAUUACUGGAUGAAAUGAAAUGGAUGCGCACUGAUUUUAAAGAGGAACGAAAAUGGAAGGUCGCUAGCGCGUACAUGCUGUCUAGGGCGGUGAUGGCAUGGCAUGCUGCGGAGGAUAAAUCUACGGUUUGCGUCAAGACGGUCAUACCCGCUACACCAACGGCAGAAAAGAACGAGGCGGAAAAUAUGGACGUUGACUCCACGAUCGACGCACCAGCACCAUCCACGGAGGCAGACACUACCGAAGCGACGGCUAUGGACGAAGAUAUGCCUGUAACGGAUCAUAACAUGGAUGCGACAUCUGCGACUCCGGCGGCAACGGAAGAGGGAACACCAGCGAUGGCUAUGACAGAAACGUCUUCACGCGCCGACAGUGUUCAACCUACGGUUGACAAUAACAAGGAAUCAAAUACAGCCGAAACACCGUCGACUCGAGAUGAUACUCCCAUUCAUGCUUUACCUCACCAAAGAUCCUCUGAAACGCCGCUUGCGCAAACGCCCAUGUCGGGUAUGUCCGAGGCUUCGGCCGUCGAACCAUCGUUAUCGGCGAGCAUCAUCCGCGAAUACCGAGCAUUGAUCAGAGACCUCGAUCCAUCGUUGACAGUGUUUACGCUGCCUAUGGAAGAAUUUGAAAACAUCAGCAUCCAAGCAUUAUUUCCGGAUAUGCUCCGCUAUGAACCGCCCAAUCCGGACGCCAAUGAUCCUUACUUUGACGAAUCCGAAUACGGACGAAUUUUACCCAUAUCGAAGUUAUCUACUCGCAAGUUGACGUUUGAAAAACCAUAUGCUGUGAGUCGUAAGCGCACCGUCGACGGUCAAUUAAUCCCGAUGCGUGAUGAGUCUUUGGACAAACCUGCGGUAAAGACGUUGCCAAGAAACGAACGAUACGAUUCGACGCCGUUGAUUUCGCCUCUAUUUGCACCCAAAAAACUAAAGGACACUCCUGCUGUGCAACCUCCGAUGCCGCAACCACCCAGCAAUCCUCGCACAUUCAGUGGCUGGACAGAAGACGACGACUUGUGUUUGAUCACGCUCAUUGUACAAUAUUCAUUCAACUGGGAUCUGAUCUGCGAUGCGUUGAACGCGAUACGUGGUCCUAUUAAUGGAGAGCGAAGAACACCAUGGGAAUGUCAUGAACGUUGGCGACAGAAUAACCUUACUUCACUGUCUGGUCAAGUCAAUUCAGCUUACAUAUCUCGACUGAAGAAGGAUAUGACCAAGCGACCGCCUGCGCUAUUCAAAUUCGAUUCCGCCAAGAAACGGCAACGACAAUACAACAUCUUUGAAGCCAUCAAGAAAACGCAAAAGAAACGUGAAGAAGCUCAAAAGUCUUCUUCCACCUCGGCGCCUCCGCGUAGUACUAUCGAGACGCAUGGCAUGAGUACGGGUGGUCAGCGAUUACCCACUGCCAUGGAAAUGAGUAUGCACAAGGCGCAACGCGAUCGUCAAAUGGCCCAAGCAUUGUUGGAACAACGACAGCUUUCGGCCACCUAUGGUUUGGGAUCGCAACCUGCUGCUGGUGUUCCUCGUGCGGGUCAUCCUGUGGGCGUACCAAUGAACCAUGCCCAGAUGGCGACGCCAACAAGACCUCCAGCGGCGGUAACCACCACAGCUCCAUCCAAUUCCAUAGCGGCGGCCGCGGCUGCGGCAACCACGAACCGUGUCAUGUCCGCUACUUCCUCUGGCGUGGCACGACCGUUGCAAAUUCCUGCCAACCAAAACACAGGAUUGCCUCUUAACAGAUACCCGGCUGCCCAAUUACAUUUAUUACGGCAGCACCACAUGGCACUCAUGGCAGCCGCUCAAGCUCAAGGUCAAGCACGCCCACCUGUAUCAGCGCCUAUUCAACGGUUCGGUAACGUUGUGCCUGUAUCGCAACCGCAGAUGGCGACGCAUUCACCGGUCACGACCACGGAUGGAUUACCAGCUCAGCAGCAGCAGCAGCAGCAGGCGACGCCUCAAGUUGCUUCACCGGCUUUGCCACAGCAGCAAGCUCCACCUCAAAAUCUCACUUCGCAGCAAACCCUAGCUCAGAACGCAAUGCAUUCGAACCCGGCUAAUACGUUAGCGGUGGCGGCACAGUUGGCGCAAAUGGGAUAUCCAAUGCCGCAGUUAGCUCCCAGUCAGCAGGCGCAACUUCAAAGGUACCUGGCCCAACUGCAAAUGCGUAACGCUGCGAAUCAAGUUCAAGCUCAAGCCCAAGCCCAGGCGCAAGCGCAAGCGCAAGCGGCAGCGGCCGCAGCUGCAGCAGCCAAUGGAGGUAACGCCGGUUCGCCUCAACCUCCUCAAAUGAUGGGAAGUCCGGCAGUGAAUCAGAAUACACCUUCGCCACAGCAAUUAGCAGCGGCAGUGGCAGCGUCCAACAGUGGAUUAUCGGCGGCUAUUCUUGCUGCUCAGCAGCAACAACAACAACAGUUGCAGCAACGGUUCCAACAAGCCGCUCAGUUGCAGCAAGCUUUUCAGCUUCAGCAGCAAUUACAGCAGCAGCAGCAGCAACAACAACAACAGCAGCAACAACAGCAGCAACAACCUCUUCAAAUGCCCCAAGCUGGUCAACAGCCUCCGCCGCCAUCGCAAGGCUCACCUUUACUUCAUCGAAGUCCACAAAACAAUAAUAUGGGCCAUGGUCCUGUGGGAUGAUAAUAUUUGGGUAGUGGAUAUUGUUUUUUUUUUCUUCUGUUUCUCCAUUCUGUUUUUGGUAUUGAUCCCUUAUUUUUUCCUCCUUGUUUACCUCCGUUUCCCCUUGUACAUUUUUUUCAUUCUAUUAUUACUCUCUCGCCGAACUCUUUGUAGUUAUUCAUCUGUCAUGCUUUAUGUGCUUUGCCUAAGCAAAAUAUACAUUGUUCUUUGCAUCGAUCGAUCCUUUAUAUCAUCGGUGUGGGGUUUUCUUUCCACUGUAUAUCCUAUAUCUAGUAUUAUCUACAAUUGGGGUACAUCAUUUUUGAUGGCUCUUGUAUUCGGAAUCGACAUCAUCCCUUGGUCCUCUGGAUGGUUGUCUUCAGACAAUGGAGCGGGUUUAUCGUUGAGGGACGUGAAAGAGGUAAUGGCUAAGCAAA